GUCUCUGUGAUCAGACUGCGAGAUGCGAUGCUCUAAAGAGGAAUGGUUUGGACUCUUAAAUACCAUGACUGGCAACACAUGUCAACCUGGCAGUGUAUCAACAAACAAACCUGCCAUGGGAGGUUUGUCUUUAAUGCAGAGACUUCUUGUCUUACUUCUGUUACUCCUGGUACACAUUAGCCCUUCACUAGCCUAUUCGCUGAAUAACUGUUCCAGGGAAUAUUCUGAGAAUGCCUUGGCAGAUGUUGUUUUGGAUUGCUCAUUCCGUAAACUUGUUUCUAUCCCUGAUGACAUUCCCAGUCAUGUGAGUUCACUGAACACUUUGUUCCUGAGCUCCAAUCUUAUCACCCAGGUGGAGGACGAAUCUUUCAUCCAUUUGUGUGCAUUGACCCAGCUCUACAUGGACCAUAACAAACUGACCAUCCUGACAGACAAGGUCUUCCAGGGACUGUCCAACCUCACCAUGCUUGACCUCAGUGAAAACAACAUCCAGUUUAUUCAUACCUCUGCCUUUCAGUUUCUGUCCAGCUUACAAACCGUUAGGCUAGACAGCAACAAACUCCAACACGUCUCUGACCUGCUUCCCAUCCUCCUGCUACCAAACAUACAGAAGCUGAGCAUUCAAGAUAAUCAAUUUUCCUCCUUUGAGACCAAAGAUCUUCCAUUGAAUGUGUCCUCAAGUCUGAAGAUGUUAGAUGUGUCUAAUAGCAAGUUGGAAAAGUUCAGCAUCACAACAGAGAUCUUUCCUUACCUUGAGACGAUAGACCUCUCCGGGAGCGGCAUAGAUCCUGGUCUGAAAUGGGCUGUACCUGACAAGACCUUACUGAGGAACAUAACCCAACUGUAUUUAAAGGACCCUUUGAUUGCCUUUGAAGAUUUACGAAAAGUCCUGCAGAGUCUUGACUCACUGAUGCAUCUUAGACUUAAUUAUAUGAAGGAGUGGAUCCACAAAGGUAUUUUAGCUACAGUUUGCAAAAUACCAACACUCACAAAGCUAGAUCUGUAUUACAACCACGUUCCAAAUUUAAGUUCACAACUUGUAGAUUGCCACCAACUCAGUGAGCUUGAUCUGUCUAAUACUAACAUGAGGGAGCUGUCAAAGGGCAAGAUACAAUUUAUGAGGCAACUGAGGGUUUUAACUGUACAGACAAACCUCCUUACCAAAGUGCCUGAUGAUAUUCAGAGCCUCUCGUCCCUUAAAAUCCUCAAUCUUGGAGACAAUUGUAUUUGUGACUUAAGCUGUAAGGCUUUCAUAAACACAACAGGCCUCACAGAGCUUUAUUUGGAUUCCAACCACAUUGCCAAAUUGGACAGAUGUGUCUUUGAAAAUCUUAAUGAACUGAAUAUUUUAGAUCUGAGUAACAACCUGCUGUGGACAUUGGGAGGUGUCUUUAAAAGAGGCCUGCAGAAACUCGAGUUCUUGGAUUUGAGCAGUAACAAUUUGAUUAUUCUUGAAAAUGGGGAUUUUCAAGGUUUAGGGUCCUUAAAAUGUUUAAAUGUAGUGUCGAAUCAUAUUGGUAGGGUGAAACGUAGGACUUUUCUCGGACUGAACAACUUAAGAAACCUUACUGUAUCUCUUCCUCUUGAGUAUGAAACUCAUUUCAGAGGAACAGGGCAGUUGGAACAUCUUACAAUCUACUUCUUUACCGACAGCACAUCCAAAAGUCCUCUUCGAAGCCAUCAGGACGCCUUCUUCCAAUUUAAAUGUUUGAAAGUUCUUACUAUAAAAUGCGAAGGUUAUCACUCUGGCCCCCCCCUUGACAUACCAUUGAAAAUGCUCCAGGCUAUGAAACAUUUAGAGGAAUUUACAUCUGAGAACGUCUACAUCACUGCCCAUGACCCAAACACAUUUCAAUUCAACCCCCGACUUAAGAGUCUUACCAUCAUACAGACUGACUUGUCAGAUUUGAUUCCUGAACUGUUUGAGGCAAUACCAAACCUUCAGGUUCUCGAUCUCUCUGAGAGUAAGAUCAAGUCUUUGGAUUUUUUGACCCAGCUCAACAUGCCUGCACUGAGAUGUUUGAAACUGAGGGACAAUGAGAUUACAGUGAUCAACGAGACAAUCUUCCAGUCCCUCCCUGCACUCACAUACCUGGACCUGGAAAAUAACCCUUUCACAUGUGACUGCUCUAACGCCGGCUUUAUCCAAUGGGUGAAGAGCAACAACAAAACUCUGGUUGUUAAUGGCCACCAGUAUACGUGUUCCUUUCCUGCGGCUGAACAGGGAAGCAAGUUGCUGGACUUUGACAUCCAGUCCUGUUGGAUAGACUUGAGCUUCCUCUGCUUCAUUUCCAGCAGUUGCAUAACUUUGGUGACACUCCUCACAUCAUUCAUCUACCACUUUCUGAAGUGGCAGAUAGCUUACACCUUCCACCUCUUCCUGGCAUUCGUGUAUGAAAGCAGAAGGAGGAAGAAGGGAGCUCCUCAUCAUUACGACGCCUUCAUUUCCUACAACAUUCACGACGAGGCCUGGAUUUACAGAGACAUGCUGCCGGUGCUGGAAGGAGAGCAGGGCUGGAAACUGUGUCUGCACCACAGAGACUUCCAACCAGGGAAGCCGAUCAUAGAGAACAUUACAGACGCCAUCUAUGGCAGCAGGAAGACCAUUUGUGUGAUCACCAGGCGCUACCUGCAGAGCGAGUGGUGCUCCAGAGAGAUCCAGAUGGCCAGCUUCCGUCUGUUUGACGAGCAGAAGGACGUGCUGAUCCUGCUGUUUCUGGAGGACAUCCCGGCCCACCAGCUGUCUCCAUACUACCGCAUGAGAAAGCUGCUGAAGAGACGCAGCUACCUGAGCUGGCCGCAGGCCGGACAACACACCGGAGUCUUCUGGCAGAACGUGAGGAGAGCCCUGGAGGCGGGGGACGCUGCCACCGAGACCACCAAGCAGCCCACUGGACCAGCAGCACGCUGA